GCGCAUGCGCACAUGCCCACAUGUGAAGUUCCGUUCCCUUCCUUUCCUUCCAGAAAGAGCGUGGUGAAGAUGGCGGCGCAAAACUCGAUGCCGAGCGAUCUUUACAAAAGCGUAUAUUCAUUUCUGCUGGAGAACAAGUUCACAAAGGCCGCUCAGCAGUUUCUGAAACAGACUAAAGUGACUCCACAAGAUCCAAAUGAAGAGAGCCUCGUCAACAUCUACAACUUCUGGGUGAAGUCCCCUGAAGCCAAGAAACGAAAGGCGCUUCCUAACAAGGUUGAAGCUGCAAACGGUCCAGCAGCCAAGAAAGCAAAAACCAGUAAAGAGAGCUCCAGCAGCGAAGAGUCGAGCAGCGAGGAUGAAGAAGCUGUUGCAAAACCAACUAAGGCAGCCCCUGCAGCAGCCAAGGUGGUGCCAGCUAAAGCAGCGGCUACCAAAGCUGCAUCCAGCAGCAGUGAGGACUCCAGUGACUCUGAGGAGGAGAAGGCCCCUGCAAAGGCACCUGCAAAGGCCCCUGCAAAGGCUCCUGUGAAGUCGCCUGCUGCUCCGGCUGCAGGGAGGAAGAAGGACAGCAGCUCUAGCAGUGAAGAAUCCGAGGAUGAGCCGCCCGUUAAAGCUUCUACCCCAAAACCCAAGGCUGCUGCAGUUACAGCACCCAAACCAGCUGUUCCUGCUAAAGCUGUAGCUCAGAAAAAGCAGGAGAGCAGCAGCAGUGAAGAGAGUUCCUCAGAAUCUGAAGAUGAAAAGCCAGCCAAGGCUCCAGUCAAACCUGCCCCAGUAAAGACUGCUCCGGCUGCUGCUGAAUCAAGCAGCGAAGACUCUUCAUCUGAAGACGAGGCUCCGCCCAGCAAAAAACCCAAAGCAGGAGCGUACAGUGCAGUCCCACCUCCUGCUUCAGUCCAGAAAGCUCCAGCUGCUCCAGCAGCCAGCAAGGCCAAGGACAGUGACUCUUCAGACAGCAGUGAUGAGGAAGAAGAGAAGAAAGUAGCUGCGAAACCUGCACCGGUAAAAACCACUGCUGCCAAACCUGCUGUGGCCAAACCCGCUGCAAAGAAGCAGGAGUCCAGCUCUGAGAGCUCAGAUUCAAGCUCAGAUGAAGAGGAGGCAAAGAAGCCUGCAGUGAAGGUGACUCCCGCUAAGGCUGCUCCAGCCAAACCUGUUGCAGCUAAAGCCCCACCUGCUAAAGAAGACUCCUCGGAGGAUUCCAGCUCGGAGGAGGAGGAGGCGGCGGCAAAGAAGGCUGUAGCAAAGAAGCCCGCUGCUAAACCUGCACCGGCCAAGACAACCCCCGCUAAAAAAGACGAGUCCUCAAGUUCAGAUAGCAGCUCUGAAGAUGAGGCUCCAGCAAAACCUGCCACUAAAACUGCAGCCGUACCGAAACCUGCUGCUGCCUCUAAACCCCCAGCCAAGGCGGCUGAGAGCAGCUCUGAUUCUGAGGACUCUGAGGAUGAAGAAGAACCGGUGAAAGCCAAGCCAGCGACUAAGCCGGCUACCCCAGCCUCAAAGCCAGCUACUCCCGCAGCAAAGCCCGCUGCAGCAGAGAGCAGCUCAGACUCCUCCUCAGAAGAUGACGAACCAGCAGUCAAGGCUAAACCUGCAGCUGCUAAACCUGCGUCAAAGCCUGCUACCCCUGUAGCAAAGCCUGCUGCUGCUGCAGACAGCAGCUCAGACUCUGACUCCUCCUCAGAAGAUGAAGAACCAGCAGUCAAGGCUAAACCAGCAGUCAAGGCUAAACCUGCUACGCCUGCGUCAAAGCCUGCUACCCCUGUAGCAAAGCCUGCUGCUGCUGCAGAAGACAGCAGCUCAGACUCUGACUCCUCCUCAGAAGAUGAAGAACCAGCAGUGAAGGCUAAACCUGCAGCGGCUAAACCAGCUGCAGCUAAACCAGCUACUCCUGUAGCAAAGCCUGCUGCGGCAGAGAGCAGCUCAGACUCUGACUCUUCAGAAGAUGAAGAACCAGCUGUCAAGGCUAAACCUGCAGCGGCUAAACCUGCAGCGGCUAAACCUGCAGCGGCUAAACCUGGAGCGGCUAAACCAGCUACGCCUGCAGCAAAGCCUGCUGCAGCAGAGAGCAGCUCAGACUCUGACUCCUCUUCAGAAGAUGAAGAACCAGCAGUCAAGGCUAAACCUGCAGCGGCUAAACCAGCUACGCCUGCGUCAAAGCCUGCUACCCCUGUAGCGAAGCCUGCUGCUGCAGACAGCAGCUCAGACUCUGACUCCUCUGAUGAUGAGGAAGAACCAGUGAAGGCCAAGCCGCCAGCAGCAGCAGCAGCUAAACCAGCUACCCCGGUUACAAAGCCUGCUGCAAAGCCUCGGGCGGCAGCGGCCAACAGCUCUGACUCCGACAGCUCAGACUCUGAGAACGAGGCAGCCAAACCGGCAGUCAAGAAACCAACUGCGGCGGCGGCGGCCCCUGUUAGCACACCGACCGCCACAAAGGCAGCAGCGGCUCCAGCAAAGAAGGCUGAGGAGAGCAGCUCGGACUCCUCGGACAGCUCGGACUCAGAGACGGAGACAAAGUCCACUCCUGCUAAGCCUGCCGUCGCCAAUGGCAAGGCAGCGACACCCAAGACCCCAGUAAAGCCCGCAGAGUCCUCAUCCAGUGACAGCAGCUCUGAAGAGGAGGAAGAGGAGGCCAGUAAAAGUACUGUAAAACCUGCUACACCUGCCGCAACACCCAAGACAACCCCAGCAGCUAAGCCUAAAGAGAGCAGCAGCAGUUCCUCAGACAGCUCAUCAGAGGAGGAGGAAGCACCAGGCAAAGCAGCCACGGCCCCCACCACCCCCUCAACAAACGGUACAAAAAGUGAAAGUGAAGAGGAAGAGACGGAAGUCAAGACACCAAAAAACAAGAAAGUAACGACCACACCACAGACGUUUCCUAAAGCUAAUAAGUCCUCCAACGUACCCUUCCGUAGAAUAAGAGAGGAAGAAGUAACAGUGGAUCCCCGUCUUACAGACAACUCCUUUGAUGCAAAGUUUGGAGCCAACGGGGACUGGGGCCAGAAAGCCAACGAUGUGCUCAGGUUCACAAAGGGCAAGUCAUUCCGCCAUGAAAAGACGAAAAAGAAGAGGGGAAGCUACCGCGGCGGAGCCAUCUCCACCAACGUCAACUCUAUUAAGUUUGACAGUGACUAAGGUCCUUCGGACUCUCAUCCCUCCCACAUGAACUGAACUGUAUCCGUGUGAUCGGGACUUUGCGUUCUCUGCUUCCUCCCCCGGUAAACAGUCCCUUUUUCUCAUCGCUACCCAGGAGCACACUGGCAGGAAUGGGACCCAUAGAGCUGAGUUGGCACUUAACAUUUAGUUAGCUGCCCUUAGUUUGUAAUGGAGAGCAUUAGUUUGAUCUCUGAUCUGAAGCAACAGCUAGUGGAGCUGGUGCAGCAGCAGAGAGAUGUUCCCAGCUGUGACUUCAGACUGUACUGCUAAAGGUUGAGCUCCACGUGACAUUAUUACCACUUAUAGCCACUAGGUGGCUGCAGGCCAUCUGUUAAUGGUAAAACACCAAUGUGUGUUGGGUCCUGUUUUUUUUUUGUUGUUCUUUUUUGACUUCAUUCUCAAAUGAGGAAUGUCUUGUCAUUUCUUUGUACCAAUUUCCCGAUUUAUCUCUAUAUGAAUGACAGCCAUCCAUCCCAACAGGUUCUUUAUAGUGCGUUAAGAAAAGGCUGGUAUUGAUUUUUAAUGGUCACAUGGCUUCUUGAAUAUUGUUUGGUUGUUUGUCAAUUUUUAUUUGGCCACAUUUAAAAUGGGAAAGGGUGUGCGCUCGGGUUAUUUUCUCUAUUUACAUAACCCAAACAUUUGAAGAGUAGAACUGAGUUUUAUACUGUGUAUUUAUUUUUAUUCCAUUUCCAUGUUGAGGACCUCAGAUGGUCCAAUCCAUGCCAUUCUCAAACCAUUUUGUUUUGAAACUAUUACUUCUGUUAAGAUACCCUCGUUAACCCUCCCUAAUCUGUUCAUCAGUGGUAUUAAAUGUUUGACCAACUAAGAGCCAUUUAACUGAGAGCCAUGUUUGUUUCAAUUAUUUGUUCAAUUUACUGUAUGAAGUGAUUUGAACCUCCCUUUUUUUAGUUUUUUUUAAUUAUCAAUACUUGUAGCAAUUAUUAAAGACCUAAAAUAUUAGAUGUUUGUGUGAUUGUAAUCAUGAUUUUGAGGCUUCUUUACAUUUCUUUUACUCUUACUAUGAUACUGUAACUUGACUCCUAAUUAGUCCCCAGUAUUUCAUUAAGCGAUCUUUUUACAUACCGAAAUGGCAAGGACAUGUUUUUAGUAGGCGUUACAAAUAGGGAACAGAUUUGUUCGAUUGUUACACAUUCUGCAUGCCUACAGUCAUUAGCUCUCUCUUUUGUAUGUAACUAACAAUCCAGAUCAAUCAGUCAAAUCCAUCAUGUAUCUGUUUUUUUAUCUGAAAUUAAAGAGUAUUGGGGAA